AGAAGGGGGUGGGUUUUGUUUGUCAGGAACUGAGAGGUCUGUUUGUAGUUUUCAAAGCAGAAAUACGCUGCUUUCAAGUCACUUUUAUUUAUGUGUGUUAUAUGUUAACAGUAUGUAUUUAUUUUUUUUAAUGAAAAAUAAAAGGUUUUAUUUUUUUUAAUGAAAUGAACCGCUUCAGCAGCCAACAGUAAAAAACAAGGGAUAAUAUUAAUCCUAAUAAUAAUUGUUCACAACAAUCUCACCAGCGCUGUAUUCGAGCUUCCUCCUGCAAUCUCUUCAUACGGCGGAUAAGGGAUUCUGUGCUGUGUCCCCUGUGCAGCAGCAAUGGCUCCGGGGAAGCGGGUGAAGAAGGAUGCGCUGGAGCUGUGCUGCGAGUGGGGCCGCUGCCAGUUCAGCACCGCACGCAUGGAGGAGUUCUGUGAACACGCGCGGGAACACCUGGAGGGGAAGCUGCAGGUCAAGAGCGAGGAGGAGGAGCACGAGGAGCCUCUGGAGGAGCACAGCUGCCUGUGGCUGGAGUGCGGGUUCUGCACGCUGGAUAACCCAGUGGAGCUGGCCAGACACGUGUACUUCCACUGCUACCACACCAAGCUGAAGCAGUGGGGGCUGCGCACCCUGCAGGGCCAGCCCGACCUGGGCUCCUGCACGCUGGACUACCAGAACCGCAACAUCAUCCCGGAGAUUCAGGACAACUUGGUGUGCCUGUGGGAGAACUGCGAGCAAGACUCGUUCGAGAACCCCGAGUGGUUUUACCGGCACGUGGACAUGCACGGCUUGUGUGCGGAAGUGAAGAGCAGUGAAGACGCGGUCUUGCCCUGUGGGUGGAAGGAUUGCGAGGCGACUUUCAAGAGCCGCUUCAAGCUGAGGGAGCACCUGCGCAGUCACACUCAGGAGAAGGUGGUGGCCUGUCACACCUGCGGCGGCAUGUUUGCUAACAACACCAAGUUUUUUGACCACAUCCGACGGCAGACCACCAUCGAGGGGCAGCGGUUCCAGUGCUCGCAUUGCUCCAAACGCUUUGCCACGGAAAGGCUGCUCCGGGACCACAUGAGGAACCACGUGAGUCACUACAAGUGUCCACUGUGUGAUAUGACCUGCCCAUCCCCGUCCUCGCUCAGAAACCACAUCAAAUUCAGACACAGCAACGAGAAACCUUACCGCUGUGAAUACUGUGAAUACAGCUGUAAGAACCUGAUUGACCUGCGCAAGCACCUGGACACCCACAGCACUGUGCCUGCGUACAGCUGCGAAUUUGCAGACUGUGGCUUCACAGCCAGGUCUCUCUACUCCAUCAAGUCCCACUACAAGAAGGUGCAUGAGGGUGAUAUGACGCCACGCUACAAGUGCCACGUGUGUGAGAAGUGUUUCACGAGAGGGAACAACCUGACCGCUCACCUGAGGAAGAAACACCAGUUCAAGUGGCCCUCUGGGCACCCUCGCUUCAGGUACAUGGAGCACGAAGACGGCUACAUGAGGCUGCAGCUGAUCCGCUACGAGAGCGUGGAGCUGACACAGCAGCUGAUGAGGGAGGGGCAGGACAGACAGGCUGACACAGAGGCACAGUGCGAAGAGGGGGAGGGUCUGAGGGGGAUCGUCCUGGAGACCGCAGAGUUUGGGGGCUCCGGGGAGGGAGAGGGGGAGAGGGGAGCAGAGACGCAGGGGCUCCAGGGGGAGCUGAACCCCAUUAUCCAUGUGCAGAGCAGGACCAACGAGAACGGGGAGAGCGAGACUGUGUAUUACGUGCUGACCAGUGCCACUGCUGGGGGGGCCUGCCUCCCCACUGACCCCUCUGAGACUGGGGCAGCCAUGGAGGUGCAGAGCACAGCAGAGCAGCUGGGAGUGGAGAUCGUGUAGCGACAGCACCACUGUGGAAGAGAAGUGUGCCAUUUUAAUGUGUGCAGGGUUCGUUUUGAUGCAUACCAACAGGGGAAAACUCAUUUAUUUUUUGUGAACAAGUGAUCUACGUAAUAUAUAUUGAUAUUUUUAAAGCUAUCAUAAGCUAAAAGGGAAAAACUAACCCUUGAGUAAACCGCGAGAUAAGGAGUGACUACAAGAGCCAGCCUUUUCUUUUUAGGCGCAACAUCUAAUUUUCAUGCUGUUAAGCAUUUGCAAAUGACUAAUCAAAGUCUCCCUAGAUCUCGGAUAUAAUAUCAAUGUGCAAACAUCCAAAGAUCACAACAGUGUACAUUUUCUUCCUGUAGUUUUUCUGAAGUUCUACAUGCACUGAAAGGUGCGAGUCACCUUGAUUUAUUUAUUGAGAGAUUGGACCAUAUUCCUUAUUCCUUUCUGAGUGUGUGCUUUUCCACGUACAGAGUUGGUUGAUGAGUGAUCCGUUCCAUACCGUGUGUAGAGGACUGUUCUGGUUUCAGGUUAAGUGUGAAAAGCAUUGUCAUAUCGACAAUACUGUGUCUGUGCCUUGGGUUUGUGGCCCUUUCAAUCUGUCGGUCUGUUCCAGCUUUGUCAUGAAGUAUUGGACUGAUCCUGCUAGGAUUGGGUCUGGUUAACUGGAUGAUAAAUGACAUGGUUGACUUGAAUUCGCUCGUGGCACCUUCAGUCCAUUAGAGUCCAGGACCUUGUUCCAGGCAGGUCUUUAAUCCUAUAAUGCAGCCUAGUGGGUUUAUUCAGCAGACUGAACUAGGUUACAUCCUAUUCGCACUACCCAGAUAAUGCGCAGUCAUACAAUUUUCAAAAUGCAGGUAAAAGGAAUGCCAUUUUCUGAUCUCAUGGUGCAUUGUGGCUAGAUUUAAAAAAAAAACUGCCAGUGAAUACUAUUGGAUUAGUUCCCACUUAGGCUCCAGAAUGGGAUGGAAGUUAAGAUUAGUGGCAGCCAGGCACCCCCUACCUGAGCGCAGAGUUCCAGUCUCUCCUUGCUCUGUGAAUCCUGGUCUUGCUGCUGCUGUGUGGCAGCAGGAGAUGUCAAAAUCUGUGUGUUCGUACUAGUUCUGCUACCAAAUUGAAGAAUGCAUUUUCAAACAGCUGAAAUUCAUAAGCUUCUGAAUUUGAUAUAAUGUUGAUUACUUUCUGUACUCACACAGAUAAUUAAUUGCAGUGUCUGUUAAAGUGGUUAUUUUAAGUAAUAAAGUAAGAUAAUGUAAAUGUGAAAUUCUCAUUCAUUUCUUAAAAUGCUGUGCAUAAUAUAGAACUAGGCUAAUUCUAAUUCAAAUUCGAUUUAAAAUGCAAAGUCCCCCUAAAGGGUGUGUGUGUGUGUGUGUGUGUGUGUGUGUGUGUGU